GUGAAGCGGGUUUUGAAAAGGCGGGCCAUGGAACCCGAUCGAGUACCGAAACUGGGGGUGGACAGUGAUAUGUUUAUGAACUCAGACCCGGGCUUUGAAACAGUUUUUAGCGAACAGCUAGCCGUAUCAGUCGUAGAAGAGACAAGCGAAUAUAAAAUUUACUGUAAUCUCAAAGUUGAAGUAAAUAAAAACCAACCGCCACCGAAGGAAAAGGUAAUUGCUGUGAAAAUCGUGGGAAUAAGCAAUCCUUUCUUUGUGUACAAGGGCAUAAUGACUGCAGCUGACUAUGAAAAUAUCAAAACUGAACAUUGUCUCUUUGUUGAUUUUACUAAGUUUAUUGAAGUAUUUUUGAAUUUGUUGAGACAGUGUUUACACUCAGACCAAGGAAGUUCACUCAGGUAUGUUCUGCGUAUUGAAGAGAACAUUAUGUAUGAGAAAAGAGAAACUUUGCUUAAAAUUAUCGAGAUAAAUGACUUGAGGCAGAUGACUCACCUCUACAUUAAAAUACAAAAAUGUUCAGAAGAUGAAGUCAAGAAGAUUGUCACAGACAGAAUAAACUUGCUGCAGGAGGAAAGAAGAAAAUUCAUGCUCAAAAUGGAAGACUAUGACUCAAAAAUAUUGCAGUUUGAGGCUGAAAUCAUCCUACAGAAAGCAAAGACUGAAGAAAUUAUUCAUGAAUAUGAGGAGAAGAUGUCACAGAUAUCAGAGAACCAUGCGAAAGACCUGGCUGCAGAAAGAGAGAGGACUCAACAUUUACUUGCUGAGAGAGAGAAACAGUACCAGGGAGAAUUAAAUGUUAAAGAUGAAGAGAUGCAAACCAAGAAAAUUUAUUGGGAACGUCAAGUUAAUGAAGGGUCUGCACUUCUGACCAAAGCACACACGCAGAUUGGUUUGUUGGCAGUACAUGAAAAAUCUCUACGGAAAUCUCUGGAAGAGCGUGAAAGUGAGGUGUCUGAACUGAAAAGAGUAAAUUCUCAGUUAGUAAAUGAUAUUGAUACAAUGAAAGGACAUAUGGAGCGCAAGGAAACAGAAUUACGAAAGAUUGCCCUUAACUACAAGGAAGUACUCCAAGAUUUUAUGGACGUGUCAUCUCGGACCGCCGAUCAGGAAAGAAGACUGAGCAAACUGGAGAAAGAAAAUGAAGUGAUGCGCCAAAAAAUUGAUAAAUACAAGAAAGAACAAGUUGACAAAAUGGAUACCAUUGAAGCACUGAAGAAAGAGUUAUCCACAGCAAAGAACCACCUAACUGAAGGCAAACAGAAAUAUAUAAGCCUUGUUGACAAAUGUGAGAAAGCUGCAGAGCUAAUGGGCAGUCAGGAGAAGGCCUUGGAAGAUAUGAAGAAACUUUUGUCAGAUUAUCAAAAAGAGAAGGAAGAUAUUGUGAAAGAGAAUAAAUCUCUGACUGCAACUGUUAAGGAACUGAGAGAAAAAAUAGAAAGCAUGAAAAUGGAGUUAACUGAGAAGGACAACAACUUGAAAAGCUCAGAAAGUGUGAUUUCGUAUUUGACGAAGCAGGUGAAGAAUACAAAGCUAUCUGAUCCCAACACAGGACUUCAUAUGACAAGCAGUGCAACUCUGAAACAAAGUAGGCUACCACUGAGCCACCAGCAUUCAUAUGUGCCUACACCCUCUUCAUCGGACACACUUUCUCUGGGUUCACUCAGCAUAUCAGGUGCUACAGGAUACCUGCACCAGCAACAGCAGCAGUCAUCUGCACAGGCUCCGCCAGCACCCCACAUCGCAUCUAUUACAACAUUGUCUUCUACACAACCAAGUGCAAUUGGGUCAGCAGCAACAGCAGCAGCAGUCACAGCUUCUUCAUAUUUUUCAAAGAAGAAAAGUGAUUCCACUUAAGUCAAAAAUUCUUUGCACAUAAAAAAAACUAGUACCUGUCUGUUUCAGAUCUGUGAUAUUUUACUGUUUUUGUUAAGUAGUAAUGAAUUCUAACAACAUUACUUUGUUCCAUACUCAUGAUUGUGCUAAUUGAUUAUAUAAUGUAUUAUGUGUGUGGGCACAUGCAGUGUGUGUGUGUGUGUGUGUGUGUGAGUGUGUGUGUGUGUGUGUGAGAGAGAGAGAGAGAGAGAGAGAGAGAGAGAGAGAGAUUACAUACAUGCAGCACAAUUUUAUCCUG